CAAAGAUCACCCGCUCAGCGUCGCCUAUCGCUAGGGAUUGUCUUCUGACUACUCGGUAUUCGUUAUAACUCGUACAAUCCAUAUGAGUUUCAAUCACGAAUCACGACGUAUCCCUGUCGCCUGUUGGACACCUUCACUGCUUCACCCACCACCAGACACCCGCCACCCCCUCGCAUCGCCUCGAAUCCCCCAUGUGGGUGGUCAUUCGAGCCACCCAGAGUAAUUUGUGGAUUGGAUACUCUUACUCACUCGUGCUCGUAUUCCGUACGAGUACACAGUUUUUUUCCUCAGCCUUGUCCCUCCCUGUCUCUGUUCCCUCCUACCAAGAGGGACUGAUCUGCCAUUAUGAGUGAUCUUCAGCGUGCAUUUGCCCGCGCCCAUCUAUCUCGUUUACCACCUGAAGCCCCUCCUCCCAUAUUCGACGAACGUGAUGAAGAGCAAGAGGAGUUGCCCCUCCAUCCUCCAGAGUCUCCAAACGAUUCGUCGUCGUCGGCUUCGUCAACAUCCUCUACGGGAACCAUAGUCCCGUCUCCCAGUCGAAAACUAUUCGAAAGACCAAGAGGGUCCGCAAGAUCCCGAUCAACAGCCCUGCCAUGGGAAGACUUCUUCUCCCAAUCAUUAUCGUUUGAACACAAGACACCCUCGGAGACCAUCAACCAUCAUGUCUAUUUCACGCCUCCGACGUCCACUGGCCCUCUCAUAGUCACACACCAUGGCGCUGGUUCAUCCGGCCUGUCAUUUGCCGCUUUCACGAAUGAACUCCUCAAACUCCUCCCGAGUGCCGGCGUCCUCUCUCUCGAUGCCCGAGGCCAUGGUCUGACAACAACGACCACUUCGUCUGGCGGGCCACCGCCGACUCAGGAUCUGAGUCUGACCACGCUUGCCGAGGAUGUAUCCUUUGUCGUCAACGCCGUGAAAACGCUGUCAAAGUGGCCGGCACUACCUGAUGUCGUCCUUAUCGGACACUCUCUGGGCGGGGCUGUAGUCACAGAAGUCGCCCACGAACGCCUCCUCGGCAAUGCCCUGCUGGCGUACGCCGUCCUCGACGUCGUCGAAGGUUCUGCCAUGGAUGCGCUGUCGAGCAUGGACACAUAUCUCUCCACGCGGCCGAGAUCGUUUCCUUCACUCGCGUCCGGCAUAGACUGGCACCUCAAAUCACGGACCAUACGGAACACGACGUCCGCACGUGUGUCAGUACCCUCGCUACUCGUCGAGGCCAAAUCUAAAGACCUGUGGUUCUGGCGGACGGAUCUAGGAGCCACGAAACCCUUCUGGGAAGACUGGUUCGUCGGUCUGUCAAAGAAGUUCCUCGAAUCGCGAGGUGGAAAGCUCCUACUGCUUGCCGGCACCGAUAGACUCGACAAGGAGUUGAUGAUUGGACAAAUGCAAGGCAAAUACCAGCUACAGGUUUUUCCGGACAGUGGUCACUUCGUUCAAGAAGAUCAACCCGCCCGGACCGCGCAAGUCGUGGCCGAUUUUUACAUAAGAAAUGACAGAAGCGCCCUUGUUCUGCCGCCCAAAGUGGACGAUCUUAUCAAGCAAGGGAAACUCAAGCCUGCGGGCCAGAAGGAAGCAUAGACCAAUGUACGACUCCAUACAAAAAGUGAUGGCUCCUGAAAAGCCCCCAAAAGUCAUCUUGCACUUUCUGUGGGAUGCUUUUUUA